ACUUUUCGUUUCUUUAAAUUCGACUUCUUGAUGUUCAUUGAUGUUUAAUGAAAUCAAUUAAUUGAGAGUUCAGACUUCUUCAUCGAUUGGUCAUAACAAGCAACCUUGAAUAGCUUAACUGUGCGGUCAUUGUUAAUUACGAGUUAAAUAGAUAUGAUCCUUUAACAAUGUCGAAGGAUGCUGCUAUUGGACCUGAUGAAUCUGCGGCAGCUAUCGAACAAAUAAUUGAAAAACGUGUUGGCUGUGCCCAUUAUAAACGUCGAGCAAAAUUCGUGUUCCAGACACCCUGUUGCAAUAAGUUGUACAUGUGCCGGUACUGCCACGAUGAGAAUGAGGAGCACUACUUCAACCGUAAGUCGGUGACUGAGCUGAUCUGUAUUGAGUGUGACACUCGGCAGAAAGUCCAGGCUGAAUGUCAAAAUUGUGGUGUACGAUUUGGAAAGUAUACAUGCCUCAUUUGCAACCUGUUUGAUGAUGAAGACAAGAAGCAGUACCAUUGUGAUGGCUGUGGAAUUUGCCGUGUUGGUGGCAGGGACCGAUUCUUUCAUUGUGAGAGAUGCAAUAUGUGUUUACCAGUGCAGUUGAAAGAAGUUGGUCAUAGAUGUGUAGAAAACGUGUCCCGUGCAAACUGUCCAGUGUGCCUUGAAGAUAUUCACACAUCUCGAAUACCAUGCCACAUCCCAGAUUGUGGACAUCUGCUCCAUCGACCAUGCUUUGAGGAAAUGUUAAAAUCUGGUCAUUAUGCUUGCCCUACAUGCCAGACUAGCAUGAUUGACAUGUCAACAUUAUGGAAAUAUCUGGAUUCUGAAGUGGCAGCCACACCUAUGCCUCCAGAAUAUGCAGAUUACAAAACAACUAUACUCUGCAAGGAUUGUCAUAAGUUAUCAACUGUAAAGUUCCAUGUGGUCGGGCUCAAGUGUCAACACUGUGGUGCAUAUAAUACUUGCCAGACUAAUGGUUUUCACAAAGAUGCGGGAACAUCUGAGCAAGUAGACUCUGCCACUUCAUCGACAAGCCGCAGUGCUUCAACAUCGACACCGACAAGUCGACGUGGUUCCUCGUCCUUCGAGCGCGAGUCUGAUGAAAAUGAACUGCCCCGAGCGAAUCCUAUGGAUGAACCCCCGCAGGCCUGACCUAGGAUUCCACCUCGCACCGAUCUCAUCGAUGCGAGGCUGAGAGAAAGUAGAAAUAGGGAACUGAAUGGAAUUCGAGAACAAUAUUGCAAUUAUGAAUGGGACGAAGCUUAUGAGGAAAUUGGAAAUAUAGCUGGUCCGAGUGGAUGGAAAACUGGAAACAAUGCUGAACAAAGCGGAACCACAGCUAGUUAUAGUAGAGCUGCAUCUGUACAAAGUAAUACUAUUAGACCUAGUGGAAGUGGUCACAGUAGAACCAUUAAUACCAGAAGUUCACAAAAUGAAACCAGUCGUGAAAGUAGUGGAACCACACCCGGCAACAGUGAAUAUAGAAGAACUAGAGCUAGCUACAAUAGAACCAACCCUGAACAUAGUGAAGCCACAGCAGGCUAUAGUGGAACCUCAUGUGAACGCAACGGAGCCGUGACUAGAAAGAAAAAAUCUUUAAAAAAGGAAACCAGUACAGACAGUGAAACUCAGCAAGAUCCAAGCAGUAGGAAAGAUAAGAAGGGAACUAAAAAAUAACCAGUUGUCUCUUUCGGUCAAGUACAUACUUAGAUAAUAAUUGCUAUUGUUUUGUAUUUCACGUAAGAUAAAUUAUUUAGACUAAAAAUUAUUUUACAUAAAAAUUUUAAGAUAUAGUACACUCAUCUUGAUAUUAUUUAGUAUUUAAAUAAUCUGUUGUAUUUACAGCGAAAUUAAACUUAGGAACCUUUUUCGUGUCCCUUUCGACUAAGUAUUUAUAACAUUAUUGUAGUUACACACCAUCGAAUAAAUCUUUAAACGUUUUGAACCUUUCUUCCUUAACAUUAUGGUAUUAAUUUAGCAGCACAUUCUCUAUUAGCUACCAUCAUAUGUUUUUGUAUGUAACCCAAAGUUAGCACUGGCCUCCGAAACUACAGAACCACCUUUGCCUAUCAGCACAUGGAACUUGCGUAGGUUCUUCUCCAUAGCGUCUUUCCACAGAUCUGCGGCUGGUCGGUAUGCCGAGAUACGCUUUUUUAACACUCUGUUCUUCUCCUCUCUUAAGAUAACCACUCUAAUGGAAUCUUUCGACUUUAGCUUCACCAAUUAUGUUGGGUUCGCCUAUCAGGUCCUCGAUCUCUUCUUCUUUCCUGACUCUCAAGCUUCCAUCCUCAUGUUUGUCGGGCCUAGAAUCUUCCGCAGAACUUUUCUUCGGCUACUGACAACUUCUCUUCUUUGAAGGUCAGCGUUCAAGUCUCAUCCGUAAAACAAUAUGAGUCUUAUAACCUUUUUUAAAUACGGAGAUGGGUACUUCUGAUGAGCUUGGACGCUAACUUUGAAUCCGGAUGUGAACUCUUCCCUUAUGUUUGUGUCCGUUGCAGUACUAUGCGUAGAUUUCCGAUACUAUAGCUCGAAGUAAUUGCGGUGCGGCGCCGCACCGCACACUUACCGCAUCGUGUGGCCGCGCUCUUAUACUCUAACAUAGGUAAAUUUUCCAUGCAACAUGUUUUGGUUGUUUUUCAACUCCCAUCUCAUUCUGAUUUAUUCCCAUAUCUAUUUCAAAAAGAUACUUAAUUCAACCAUAGCAAGGUUUACUUUCUAUAGAACGUUAGCUUUUGUCUACUCGAUGAAUUUUGUGUGUAACUCGUGGAGUUGGAGCUUUAUCAGUUAAUGAUACAAGUUGCUCACAAUAUGUUAUAAAUUUAAGAAGUAAAUUUUUGUAAGAAAUAUAAUGAUAGCUACGAUUUUGGACCAUCAGAAUGAAAAUACUGCAAGGUGCAAAUUUGUCCAGAGUUCACGUAGCUUUUCUACAGUUUUUAUGCUAGGUAAUUAUGAACGUACUAAACUGUGAUCGUUGCGUAAGAUAUUUUCGACGCUAAAUUUAUUCAUACGAAUAUUAAAAAAUGUAUUUUUACACGAAAACAAUGUCUCAAUCAAACCAAUCAACCAAUCUGGUUGACCAAAUAUAUGUUAGAAAUAAAAGUAUAACCUAUAUUAUUGUCGUUUAUUUACGAGAUUAUUAAGAUUUAAAAAGGUUAAAUAAAUUUCAUAGAUUUAACUAUGCCCGUUUAUUUAACUUCUGAUUGGUCAAACGGAUUAGAUAUGCUGUUAACUUUUGGUUUAUCAUUUAACUUAUUAUAAAAUUAUGAUAAACGCUUUUUCUAUAAGAUUAAUUUUUAAAUGUAUGUUUCGUAAACUUCUCGGCUAUUUUUCGGAACUAAAUUCUUGCUUAUUGUAAUAUUAUUGUUACUGCUAUUUUACAAUAUAUUUAGUUAUCCAAAGGUUCUUUUAACUACUACAUAAAAAGUGCUCAUUGUAUAAAUAUACUAAUGUACAUAUGUAGUUUUAAUUUUUGCGUAAGUGGAAUAAUCUUUAAAUUAACUCUCAUAAAUCAGUCUUGAGAUUAAACACAAAUGACAUAAAGAAACAAAUGAGUAGAUCAAUGUCAUAAGACUGAUUUAGUUGAAGAAUACUGGGUUUUUAUUGAAGUACUAAUUUGUAAUAAAACUAUGUUGAUAUGUUUCACAAAUUUCAUAAGUUAAUAUUUUAUUGUAAUAGGUCAUGAAGUACAAUCUAAGACAAUAGCUGGAAAUAUAUAGAUUAAUUAUUGAAACCACAGAUGCCUGAAAACUCACACAAAUUGUUGUACGCUAAUUCAUCUAGAUUUUAGUUAUUUAUUCGGAAUAAUAUGUAAACUGUACUAUCAGAGUGAGACAUUAGUGCAGUGAUAGCCAACGCUUUAGAUUUUAAAUAAUUUACCUGUUUUACUUAUGUUUAGUGUAUUUAAUACAUAAAAACUGUAUUAAUACUGAAACAAAAUAUUUUCUUUAGAUUAGCAAAGAUAUUAGCAAAUGUCGUAUUACGUUAGUUAACAAUUCCUUACCUAUAUUAUAAGGUUGUUGUACGUUUUUAUUAAUAAAUGUAUUUGAAUUAA